AUGGCCCUAUAUAACCAAACCAUGGAUUUCCUCUCGGACUCUUUCUCCAAGCCAUCCCAACUGCCUCUAUUAGUGGUCGCAGGUGCUUCCUUCACACUGGGUCUACUAAGUAGAUCACUUUUAUCCCAGGAGUCAGGGCAAACAGUUCUCGUAUCACCCCGAUCGACAGUCUUGCCCCAAAUCUCGGAACCGGAAAACCGACAGCUUCCUCUGCCGACCGAUGUCCUCCCCGGUGCCCGAGACGUCGCCAGUCCGUACGGGUCUAUCCGAGUUUAUGAAUGGGGCCCAGAGGAUGGACCAAAGGUCUUGUUGGUGCACGGUAUCACCACACCGUGCAUUUCGCUCGGUGGACUGGCCCAUGCACUCGUCGACCGCGGCUGCCGCGUGAUGCUAUUCGACUUAUUUGGAAGAGGCUACUCGGACUGUCCCGCCGACCUCCCGCAAGACAACCGACUCUUCUCAACGCAGAUCAUGCUUGCCCUAACCUCAUCACCUAUUGCCUGGACGGGAGCCGAGUCAGGCAAAUUCUGUCUCGCCGGAUACUCUCUCGGAGGUGGUAUUGCAGCUGGCUUUGCCUCUUACUUCCCCGAGCUCUUAUCCUCCCUGGUGCUUCUGGCCCCCGCUGGACUGAUCCGGGACUCGCAGAUCAGUUUCCAAAGUCGCCUUCUCUACUCCAAGGGUCUGAUGCCGGAGAACAUCCUGGGAUACUUGGUUGGCCGUCGACUGCGAGCAGGCCCUUUGACAUCACCCAAGCCCAAGAACCACAAACUCGAUGCCUCGGACGCGCUCACCGAAGAGCUGCCUUCACAGAGUGCCGCCGAGGUUCAAAUUCUAUCCCGAAAGUACCCCCACAUUAACGUUCCUUCGGCUGUGGCAUGGCAGGUUUCUGCCCACACGGGAUUCGUGCACGCAUUCAUGUCAAGCAUGCGUUACGGUCCGAUUCUGAAACAGCGCCAGUGGAAUACAUGGACUCGUCUUGGUGAAUAUCUUACCGCGCGAAGUAUCGCCUCUGGUGAGAAUGAGACAAAGUCAUCUGACAAGGUGCAUAUCUUGUGUGGCAACCGCGACCCAAUCAUUGUGAAGAGCGAGCUUGUUCCCGACGCCACGGCUGCCUUGGGUGGCAAUGCUGUGUUCGAGUUCUACGAGGCCGGUCACGAAUUCCCUAGUACCAAGUACGAGGAGGUGGCUUCCUAUAUAUUCGAGUUGCUUUAG